AGUCUAAAAACGAGUUUCACCGCGUUCGGCUGCCGACUCGCUCAAUUUUGAAUUUUCAAUUUUUUGGACUGGCCCACUAAAAAAACAAAACAAAACAAAAACAACGCCUCAUUGCGCCCCAUUAAACAAAUGCUAAAUUAGUACGUUGUGUAAAAAAAAGGUGUAAUACCAUUAUCUUGUCGGAAUUUUUCCUACCGCAAACCCCAUUUAUUUGUGUUAGUUUUAACCUGAUUAUUUACGUAAAUUACCGCCGUGUUUGGUGUAAAAAUAAUAAUUUUUCGAAAAAUCUUCUCACCCAAAAGUGCAGUGUGUGUUUGUUUGUGCUGGAAAUCGAAAUCGUUUGUAGAACGGUAACAGGUAACAGGUAACAGGUAAAACAACAACAACAAAACAAAUCAACAAGCCAGCGAACGAUGUCGGUUAAUAAAACCAUUGAAAUGAAGUUAAAGUUGCUCCCGAGCUGCAUACAAAUGCUGCUGUAAAUAAGAAAACAAACAUUUGCCAGCUGUUAAUGAUACGACGGGAAAAGCUUCCAAGAAGUGGAGGACUCUCACUCCCUUGGCGAGGACUAACUGAAAGUAAAUUGAAAUUGCAGCACGUUCUCCAGUCCGGUCCAGUGCACAUCCAUCGAGCAGCACCAGCCGGGUUUUGCAUGCUGCCCGGGCAGAUAGCCCCGGCGUGAGCACACACACACAUCGGGCAGGGUGAAAGAUAUAGCUAUAUAGCCACAGUUCCGGACACAUCGUGUAUAUCUCAGCCAAAUGUAUGCCGGCCGGGCGACACAAUUUGCCAAAACCAUCAGCAGCAUGGCGUGCAGCAUUCAGAAGCAACCUCAGGCGCCACAAGCCGUGGAUCCUGGCAAUGCCGGAUUGGAUCGAGUAGGAGGAGGUGGUGGUGGCCCCAGUGGUGCUGGCACCGUUCCAUCCACACCGAAAACCACCAAGACAGCCCAGCCGAGGGGCUCGCUGCCAACGGAUGUUAACCAGCCACCGUUGGAAUUUCAAUGGCCACCACCCGUUCCUGUUUCGAUACACACCAGCAACUUGCGCCUGAACAUGAUGAAUCAGGAUCCCAAGGACCUGCACACAGCCAGGGCAAUCAUCGAGGAACUGCGCUCUAAGGUGCGAUUCCAGACGGAGCACAUUAUGAAGUGGAGGAAGGCAUAUGCCAUGCAGGUCCAGCAGCACUAUCGCUAUCAGAAGGAGAAAUCAGACCAGAUGAACUCUCUCACCUCACAGCUCCUGCUGUUGGAAUCCCGUCUGAAGCGAAAACAGAAGCAGAUUGCCAGCCUGUUAAACCACCGGGAGUUGACCAUCCAGCGACAGCAGAAGAUCAUCGAUACCUUAUCCUCUCGCCUCGUGGAUCAUGGCCUGGAGACCAUUGAAGCUAGCUAUGCCAACGAACUGGACUCACUGAACGAUUCCGAUUCAGCUGUGGUAUUAGAGGACAUCGACUCGGACAGCCCGAUGACUUUGGGAACGCGGCGGAAGAGCAGUGGAGCUGGAGGAUUAGGUGGUGUGCUGGGCAGCGAUGGGAUCACCAUUGUCCGCUCCAUAUCUGAUGCAAUCGAAACGAAUCACAACAAAUACGGAGCAGCCAGGCGGAACAACUGCUUUCUACGACGUCCAGACAUCCUGGAAACUGUCUACUCCGUCGAAGAGGAUCCUGAACCCACUACAGAUGUGGCCGAGAAGCGGGACAAGUUCAAGAAUCGAUCGGACAAGGCCCUAAGCUCCAGCUCAACCGAGGGUCAGAUAGAUGCCGCCAGUCCCUCGGCCUCCGACAAAGCCAAAGAGUCAUCGCCAGUAGACGGCGGACCCACCAUUCCAAGACGACAACUGGGUGCCCUCAAAAGAUCGCCCAGUCAUGAUUCACCAUGCACCACACUCAGUGUCAAAGUACCCCAGCUCCAGCCACCAUCUCCUCCUCCACCAUCGGCUACAGGACAGCAGGAACCCCUUAAUGGAAAGAACCAGGUAACCAACUACAAUCGGGUUAUGCUUAACCAUCGGUCAGUGACGAAGCCCAAGGACGUGAAGUACAAGCGCAUCAACAAGGCGAAGUCAAAGAGUCUGGAGGAGUUGCGGGGGCGUCUCAAGAACCUAGUGGAGCGACCGCCUGGACUAGAUGGUGGCUACUCCAGUGGCAUGAUGCCGCAGACGGCGCAGUCGUAUGCGUGACAUUCGCAGCAGCCCGACGGAGCAGAUUCCCAGAGGUCAACGAUGGAGGGGAAGAAAGGUCAACCGGAGGCGGCGAUGGAAGCUUCAACUGCGUCCUUGGCAAGUCAAGGAGGAGCUCGUCCGCGAAGGGAGAGCGCGGAGCCAAUGACCUCGUCCUCCAUCUCUGCCGUCCAAGAGCCGCAGGCUGGCAGACAUGGUUUUCCCAAGAGGUCGCUGACCUUGCCGCGCAUCCUGGUGCCCCGCCAAUCGACGGCGGGUUUGGCCAGCUCCAGCGGUGGUGGCGGGAGCGGGCGUGGCGGCUUCUAGCAAUUAAAGAAAUUUUUCAUACGCAAUUGUGAUAAAAAGUAAAAGAAACAUUUUCUUCCUCUCCUUUUCAGUUGCUUUAACAUGAUUCUCUUUUGUAACAUUUGUUUCCUUGACAUUUAUCCUGAGCUUAGUUUGGUGAACUUUGCAUUUACUUAAGUUUAGUUUUAGUUUUACAAAACGGAACUGCAUUUUGACUUAACAUUAAACAUGAUUUCUCAAAUAAAUAAAUCAUUUUUUAAACUUAUUUCUGUCUAUGAUUUUUUCUCAAUAACAACUUAAAAACAAAAAGCGUAUGAAAAAUUUCGUCACCUCAAAACAGUAAGUUUAAAUAAUUUAUAUAUGAACGGAAAGUGUACUCGAGGACAAUAUUUCCAAAUCCCAGAAGUUGAAUGGUGAGUAGCUCCAGUCAGUCCCAGAAGUGUGGGUGAAAAUAGGCUAGAAAGGAUAUUAUAAAAAUUUACUAAUAUUAUUACUAAAUAACAGUUAAGAUUAAAUACAUAUGUCUAAGCAAAAUGUUAAUUGUUAGUAUUGUAUUUUCCGCAACAUUUAAGAGCUUCUCUGAACUAUUCCAUAAUUAAUAAACAUUUAAGAAAUUCCUCAAAAAA